GAGAGCGCGCCCUCAUCAGGACGAUGCGGCCGUGCCAGCUCAUCCUCCCCCGACUACCGUACCCCCCACUCCUCUCUCUGCACAUCUACUCCCCCUCCCAGCUCAGAACCGGAGAGUCGAACCCGGACCGGGCGCAGCGCUGCGGCUCGUCCCGUCAUGGCGCAGACGCGAAAUCCCGCUGAUUCAAAGCUGGGAUGAAGGAAGGACAGAUCCGAUCUAAGCUGAAACUUGGUCACGUUGAAGAUUCGAACAUCGGACCUGAGCAGUGAAUCGGUCCGGGAGAUUCCUCCGGAACCACCGGGGUACCCCCUCGCGACGUGACUCAGUUUAGGGGGGUUACUGGUUUUUAUUUGCAGGCGCGAAGAGAACCAGAGGCUGCAACAGUCAUGGUGGAUGCGGCAGAGUGCGGAGUGAAGGUGAUGUGCCGCUUCAGGCCUCUGAACGAGGCCGAAGUCAACAGAGGAGACCAAUACAUCCCUAAAUUUAAAGAGGACGACACGGUGGUGAUCACGGGGAAACCAUAUGUGUUCGACCAAGUUCUGCCUCCAAACACGUCACAGGAACAAGUUUACGAUCAGUGUGCCAAACAGAUCGUCAAAGAUGUGUUGGGCGGCUACAACGGGACCAUCUUUGCCUACGGACAGACGUCAUCUGGGAAGACGCACACCAUGGAGGUGAAGGGUCACGCUCAGUGAAUUUCACGUCAAUCGAUCCCCAAUCCAUAACAAUCCUAGAGUAUUUUACUAUUGACUUUAAUCCACAGUAGAAGGAUUAGAGCGUUGUGUAACAGACUUACAUCACUUCUGGGUGAUUCUCUGGUUUUGAAGUGAAAUGUUUACAAGUUAAAAAGGUUGAACAGACAGAUUUUACGGCUGCGUUUCCGAUCACGAG